AAAUUUAAAAAAGGUUUCUCAAAUAAUGACAAAAAACUAAUCAUUUUAGUGUGACCCCUGCAGUAACACCUCCUAACAACAUGAGGCAGUACGUCUUCACUGAACCUUCACUAAAGGAAGUAUUGAGCGUUUAAAUGGUCUUUGUUUUGGGAGGAUUCCCAGCCCCCCGUCUCCUUAUUUGAAAACUAAAGAACAAAAAUGUAUGACAGUCCAACAGUUUAAAGAUGGAAGAAAACCAGUAUACAUCUCUGACGGUUCCUACGGAUUAUUUCCAGCAGUGGUACCAGUCCAGCCAGCAGCACCCCGAGGCGCAGUAUGUGAUGCCGUAUCACAACGUGGGCCAUUACACAGAAGGUCCCAGAGAUGAACUCGUCAUGGCCGAGCUGUCUGUCCACCGGGAACCAACUGUUUACCCGGAACCUUUUUACCAGAACUAUAACCCCCCGGCCCAAAAUCACUACCAUGAUCUGACCUACCAGUCGAAUGUCAGGGAGCAGCAGCAGCAUCCUGCACACCUGCACCACCCUCAGCAUCAAAAUUCAAUACAGCAGCAAGAGCAGAGUGUUCAGCACCAACCUCAGCCUGCGGGUCCAACUCAAGCUGUGACGCCGGUGAAGAAGAAGAGAGGUCGGCCUCCUAAGCAGCAGACAGAGGAGGGCAAGGUGCCGGAGGAGGAGAACGAGAUUGAGGCCGCCAAAAAAGCCAAGAGGGCUCUCAACCGCUUCGGCGGCUUGACAGUGGCUGAGGUUAUGGCCAAAACCCUGCCAGACGUUAUUACCUACAACCUUGACAUUUUGAUAAUUGGAAUUAACCCAGGACUAUUGUCAGCCUUCAAAGGACGCCAUUACCCAAACCCAGGAAACCAUUUCUGGAAAUGUCUGUUUCUUUCUGGUCUAACUGACGAGCAGCUCAACUUCAUGCAUGACCAGAGCCUGCCGGAGAAAUACAGCAUCGGCUUCACCAACAUGGUAGAGAGGACCACACCUGGCAGCAAGGACCUCUCCAGUAAGGAGAUUCGUGAAGGAGGUCGACAGUUACUUGACAAGCUGCAGAAAUACAAACCAUUAAUAGCAGCUUUUAAUGGAAAAGGUAUUUAUGAAAUCUUCUGCAAAGAAACUUUCGGCGUGAAGGCAAAGAAUCUCGACUUUGGUCUACAGCCGUACAAGAUCCCAGAAACUGAAACGGUGUGCUACUUGAUGCCGUCAUCAAGCCCUCGCUGUGCCCAGUUUCCCCGUGCACAGGAUAAGGUGCAUUUCUACAUCAAGCUGAAGGAGCUACGAGACGAGAUGAAAGGCCUGGGACCCCCCAGGCUCGAGGUGGAAGAGACGCAGUACUCGUUCGAUCUGCAGCUAGCUAAAGAGGAUGCUAAGAGGAUGGCAAUCAAAGAAGAGCAGGUGGAUCCAGAGUAUGAAAGCAACAGUGUGCUGCAGGGGGACGCGAGGCAAAGCAGCAACUCCUUCAAGUAAAAAAGAGACCGAGGAGAGGAGAAAAAAACAGGCCUGUCUGCUGUAGCACACAGGUAGCGUAGUAGUUACCAUGUAGUUCUAAUUAUAUUUAGUUGGAACUAGAUGGAAGUGGACUUAAUUUCAGAUGGUAACUGUUAUAAUGACUCCAAACCACUGUGACUGACUACCUUUCUAAAGCUAUUAAGAAGUCUGUUGAUUUUCAUACAACAAUGAACCAAUGACCUCAACCAUCCUGGAAGUAAAGAUGGAUUUGUCAGUCCAAAAAACAUUUUUAGGCACACACUACAUUUUUGGAAACACUGAAUGUAAACACAUUCGUUGGUUUGCAAGAAAACUCCACAGGGCACCUUUAAUGGUUAACUUCGCUGUUUUCAACCCGGUUUUCAACCCCAUUUCCCAUGUUUUUGUGUCUAACUGACUCAUUGGGACAACAAUUUCUGAAACUGGUCCAGUCUUGAGGGAGAGCUUUGUAGACGGCAGCUGCUCACGGGCUGCAAUAUGGUGCUAUCGGGGCAAGCUGGCACCGUCAUUUACGUCCACUAAAAGUUCUUGUUUUAGCCGUGACAGGCUGUGAUUGUUAUUUCAAGUGUCUGACAUUAUGGAAAGAGUCUCACUCAAGGAGAAGUCUCGCUCUGAAAUCUGGCGAGGUGACGUGUUGCCGGAAGACAACGGUGGAAUACAUCCAUGGUGGAAACACGAGUGCCAGCCGGGCAGAGUUUGUUGUGUUGAAUUACAGAAAGAGUAGCUUACUGUUAUCUAAAAGAUUUUCAGUGUCAUGGCUGAAUAUUUAGAUGAUUUCGACAAUGUGGAUGAAUUUGAUGGCAACCCCUUUUUAUUUGAGCUAGAGUAUACGGAUAUUCACAUUUCACAUUGAGAAAAAUGUUUUAUUUCUCUGUAGGGUCCUUUCCAUAAUGUUGUCAGACACUUAUAAUAACAAAAUGAGCCUGCCAGUGGCAAAAACAAGCACUUUUAGUGGAUGUAAUGUUACAUUGACACUGCUGAAUUGCCCUCUCAGCUUGUUUCGCGGCUGCCAGUUACAGCAUUCUCUCUCAAUACUGGACCAAUUUCAGAAAUUGUGGUCCGCAUUAGUCAGUUAGACACAAAAACAUGGGGAAAAUAAGUUGAAAAAUACAGAAGUUACCCUUUAAGUUCACAUAAUUUGCAGUUAAUGACAGAAAACACAAACAUGGUCCUUUUUAAAAUAUUAUUUUUUGGAUGGUUUAUAGAAAUAAAGUAUAUUGCCGAACUAUUACCAAUGUAUCGGUUAAUGACAUAUGAAUGCCUUCUGCAAGCAGCACAAUCCAUCUCUUUGGUUUGUAUUGUGGUAUCUUGCAGAAAUGGACAGUGUAGGCCAGGCAGCGGACAACAUGACACGGAACCACUGCAGCUGGAGAGCUCCGCUCAACAGACACCAGAUAUCAGCUGUACUAGUAGCAUGAUGCAUCAUCAUGAGGGUGAGAAACCCUCUGAUGACACCACAAGAAAAGAGAAGUCACACAGUUUCCUGAGGCCUCGCAAUGUGACGCACAAGGGUCAAAGUGCCCACAACGGUUACAUUUUCUAACUCUCAAACAGACUGUGCAUGUCCUUGGUGUUAUUUUUUAUCACUAUUUAUUGCAUUUUGUAUGGUACGUGUGUCCAGUGACUUAUUUUUGUAUUUUGAAAGAAUGACAUUUUAUGAUUUAUCAGCCGUAUAAAUAGUUAAUUGUACUCUGGAGUUUCUAAUCUGUAAUUACAGAGUUAUUAAAAUCUCUUCUAAAGCUGG